UUUAUUAAAUUUACGUGAACGUGACAGCAGAAGCUGGACUUAGGUCUGCGUACUCUGGAGUGAGAAAGACCCGAGUAAAUUCCGGGUCUGUCACUUGUGACCGAGUAGAUUCCAGGUCUGACGACAAGUGAUCAGGGACGAGAUAAGAAACCCGUUAAGAGUUCACUCAUCGGAAAAUGAGUUUAUUAAUAAUGACUGUCUCAGGACGUAGUUUGAGUAAGUGUCAACUGUAAUUAUCCAGGGGCCGUGUAUAAAACUGAGUAAGUGACAACAGCUUUUAUAUUUAGAAGAUACUUUGCUAUUUUAUUAGUUGGCUCCUGUAAACUUCACAGCCAAUAUGAGGUUGGUAUGAUCAUCUGCGUUUUAAAAAAAUAAGGGUCAAGUUGGUGGAUUCAAAGGUGUACUUUACUCCCAAUUUCAGGCUCUUUCUAAAUAUCAGACCUCCUUAAAACGCAGAAUUCCAGCCUUCACAGCACUUAACAUAGUGGCCCUGUCCCCAAGUCACAGGUGAAAUUAUGUGAAGUGAAUUUAGAUGGCAUUCUACCAUGUGGCAAAUGCAUUCUGGGAUUUCUAGUGUCUCUUCAGAUCCCUUGGAUCAGACAAAGUUCCUGGCCUCUCCUGCUUUGGCAGGCUAUCUGUAUUUUAAGUCCUAUAUUAUACCGAAUUCCAAGAGUAAGGUUUUUGACCCUAAGAGGAAUUUCUCUCCAGGUCCAGGUCCCAAAUACCUUGGAACAAAAUAGUCCUGGUGAGGUAGGAAGCAGGGAGCCUCUGGGAACUGAAUCUUUCCUGGACAAGAAUGCUUCUCUGACUCUUCAUCUCUCUCCAGAACUUAGGAGGAGGGGCAGAAUUACCAAGAAAAUUCAGUAAAUUGUCCAGGGACAUUCGUUUUGCUUGUGGCAGAGCCUGGAGGAAAACACAGUGGAGUUCAAUCUCUUACAGCUGAACCAUUACAGUUCUCCGCAUUCUCCCAAGAGCCGCAGAAAAUGAAACAAUCUCAGGCAUCAGUGUCAUUCAAGGACGUGGCUGUGGAGUUCACCCAGGAGGAGUGGCAGCACCUGGGCCCUGCUCAGAGGACCCUGUACAGAGAUGUGAUGCUGGAGAGCUACAGCCACCUCGUCUCAGUGGGGUACUGCUUUACAAAACCAGAGCUCAUCUUCAUGUUGGAACAAGAAGAAAACCCGUGGUUAUUAGAGGAAGGAUUUCUAAACAGGAGCAAAACAGAACACUGCCACCAUGAGGAACUCAUAGAAAAGAGCCCAGAAAAACAAGAAAGACUCUUGUGGCAAGAUUUAUUUACCAACAAAAUAUUGACUACAGAGCAAGAGAAUAUCUCAGGAAUACCAUGCAAUCUGGACAUAAACAUUUUUCCUUCAAGAAUAAUGACUUCUGAUUGUGACACUGGACAACAUGCUUACCUUGGUGUAAGUUCCCUGGCCCCCUGCUGUCAGUAUUCAAGAGAGAAGGCUGCUGAGUGUGAUGAGAGAUGGCUCCUCAGUCUUAAGGAGGGUAGAAAUAACAAUGGAGAGAGAUGUUUUCAUUAUAAUAAACACAUUAAAGCCCUCACUUCUAAGGAAGAAGUUAUUCAGCAUCAAACAAUUCAGACUUUGGAGCAACCCUUUAAUAAUAAUAAUGAUUGUGGUAAACCUUUCCUUGAGAAGGCUGCCCUUGUUACUUCUAAGAGUGUCUGCACAAAAGUGAAAUCUCAUAAAUGCAAUGAAUUUGGAGAAAACCUAUAUGAUAUAUCUACUCUUAUUGUCUCUCAGAACAUUUCUAAAGAGGAUAAGAGUCACCAGGAACUUAAUGAAUAUAAAGGUAAUGAAAAUGGGAAUGAUUUCAGUGGAAGCACUCAACUUCAAAGAACUGACAUAGAAGGGAACACUUUCAGACAAAAAUCACACUUUAGAGAACAUCAAACAAUUCACAUAGGGCUGAAACCCUUUGAAUAUGGAAAAAAUUUUGACCAUGAUUUAGCCCUUCCAGUGUAUCAGAAAACUCACACAGCAGAGACAUCCUCUGAUUAUAACACAUCAUCUGAUUAUAACACAUGUACAGAGACAUUCAGCUACCAGUCAGUUUUCAAUGUAAAUCAGAGAACUCACAUGUGGGCGAAACCCUAUGAAUGUCAUGAAUGUGGGAAAACUUUUGGUGAGAUGUCACUCCUAAGGAAACAUCAGAGAACACACACAGGAGAGAAACUGUAUAAAUGUGAUAGAUGUGAGAAAGCUUUCAGUGCAAAGUCAUGUCUACGAAUACAUCAGAGAACUCACACAGGGGAGAAACCCUAUAAAUGUGAUGAAUGUGGAAAAUCUUUCAGGCAGAAGUCAACUCUCAGAGGACAUCAGAGAACUCACAGAGGAGAAAAACCCUAUGAAUGUAAUGAAUGUGGAAAAGCUUUCAGCGGAAAGUCAGUCCUAAGAAGACAUCAACGAACUCACACAGGGGAAAAACCCUACAAUUGUAAUCAGUGUGGAGAAUGUUUCAGCCAGAAAUCUAACCUCAGAAUACAUCACAGAACUCACACAGGGGAGAAACCCUUUGAAUGCAAUGAAUGUGGGAAAUCUUUUGACUAUAAUUCAAUACUCAUAAUACAUCAGAGAAUUCAUACAGGGGAGAAACCUUUUGAGUGUAAUCAGUGCGAAAAUCUCAGUCAUAUUUCAGACUUAAGGAAACAUCAGAGAACUCACACAGGAGAAAGACCAUAUAAAUGUAAUGAAUGUGGGAAAGCUUUCAAACUGAAAACAGACCUACGAAAGCAUCAUAGAACUCACACAGGGGAAAAACCCUAUGAAUGUAAUGAAUGUGGAAAAGCUUUCAGCGAGAAGUCAGUCCUAAGAAAACAUCAGGGAGUUCACACAGGAGAGAAACCCUAUAAAUGUGAUGGAUGUGAGAAAGCUUUUAUUGCAAAAUCAGGUCUAAGGAGACAUCAGAGAACUCACACAGGGGAGAAACCCUUUGAAUGCAAUGAAUGUGGGAAAUCUUUUGACUAUAUGUCAAUCCUCAUAAUACAUCAGAGGACGCACACAGGGGAGAAACCAUUUGAAUGCAAUCAGUGUGAGAAAUCUUUCAGCCGUAUGUCAGUGCUAAGGAAACAUCAGAAAACGCACACAGGUGAGAGACCAUUUAAAUGUGAUGAAUGUGGAAAAGCAUUCAAACUGAAGUCAGGCCUAAGAAAACAUCAUAGAGUUCACACAGGGGAGAAACCCUAUCAGUGUAAUCAGUGUGGAAAAGCUUUCAGUCAGAAAACACAACUCAGGGGGCAUUAUAGGAUUCACACAGGGGAGAAGCCCUAUCAAUGUAAUCAGUGUGGCGAAUCAUUUAGCCAGAAAUCAUAUCUCAGAAGCCAUCAGAGAACUCACACUGGGGAGAAGCCCUAUAAAUGUGAUGAAUGUGGAAAAUCUUUCAGACAGAAAUCAAGUGUCAGAGUACACGAGAGAAUACACACAGGUGAGAAACCCUAUGAAUGUAAUGAAUGUGGAAAAGCUUUCAAUGAGAAGUCAGUCCUGAGAAAACAUCAGAGAACUCACACAGGCGAGAAACCCUAUAAUUGUAAUCAGUGUGGAGAAUCUUUCAGGCAGAAAUCAAAUCUCAUAGUACAUCAGAGAACUCACACAGGGGAGAAACCUUACAAAUGUGAUGCAUGUGGAAAAACUUUCAUCCGGGGAAGUCAGUUGAUAUUCCAUCGUAAAAGUCACACAGGAGACAAAACUUAUGAAUGUGGCAAAGCUUUCACUAAGAAAUCACAGCUAAGGAAAUACCAGAGAAUUCACACAGGAAAUAAACCCUUUGAAUGCUGUGUAUGUGGGAAAUCUUUCAACUAUAAAUCAGUCUUCAUAGCACAUCAGAGAAUUCACACAAGGGAGAAAUCCUCUGAAUGUAAUGAAUAUGAGAAAUCUUUCAGCCAUAUUUCAGGCUUCAGGAAUCAUCAGAGAACUCACACAGGAAAAAAAUCAUAUAAAUGUGAUAGAUGUGGUAAAGCUUUCAAUGAAAAGUGAGGCCUAAGGAGACAUCACAGAAUUCAUACAGGAGAGACACCGUAUAAAUGUGAUGGAUGUGAGAAAGCUUUCAGUACAAAGUUGGAUCUAAGAAUACAUAAAAAAACACACAUGGUGGAGAAACCAUAUGAAUGCAAUGAACGUGGGAAAUCUUUUGACUAUAAGUCAACCCUCAAAAUACAUCAGACAACUCAUACAGGGGAGAAACCUUUUCCAUGCGAUCAUUGUGGGAAAGCUUUCAUCCAUAAAUCAAAUCUCAGAGAACAUCAGAGAACUCAUACUGGGGAGAAGCCCUAUAAAUGUGAUGAAUGUGGGAAAUCUUACAGAUAUAAAUCAACUCUCAGAGGACAUCAGAGAACUCACACUGGAGAGAAACCCUAUGAAUGUAAUAUAUGUGGAAAAGCUUUCAGUGAGAAGUCAGGCCUAAGAAGACAUUACAGAACUCAUACAGGAGAGAAACCAUAUAAAUGUGAUAGAUGUGGGAAAGCUUUUAGUGAAAAGUCAGGCCUAAGAAGACAUCACAGAACACAUACAGGAGAGAAACCGUAUAAAUGUGAUGGAUGUGAGAAGGUUUCAGUACAAAGCCAGUUUAAGAAUACAUAAAAAUACACAGAGGAGAAACCCUUUGAAUGCAAUGAAUGUGGGAAAUAUUUUGACUAUAGGUCAGCUCUCAGAAUACAUCAGACAACUCAUACAGGGGAGAAACCUUUUGAAUGUGAUCAGUGUGGGAAAGCUUUCAUUCAUAAAUCAAAUCUCAGAGAACAUCAGAAAACUCAUGCUGCGGAGAAACCCUAUAAAUGUGAUGAAUGUAGAAAAUCUUUCAGGUAUAAAUCAAAUCUGAGAGGACAUGAGAGAACUCACACAGGAGAGAAACCCUAUGAAUGUAGUGAAUGUGCAAAAGCUUUCACCGAGAAGUCAGGCCUAAGAAGACAUCACAGAACUCAUACAGGACAGAAACCAUAUAGAUGUGAUGGAUGUGAGAAAGCUUUCAGUACCAAGUCAGGUCUAAGAAUGCAUCAAAAAACACACACAGAGGAGAAACCCUUUGAAUGUAAUGAAUGUGGGAAAUGUUUUGACUAUAAGUCAACCCUCAAAAUACAUCAGACAGUCUAUACAGGGGACAAACCAUUUGAAUGUAACAAAUGUGAGAAAUCUUUCAGCCAUAUUUCAGGCCUAAAGCAACAUCAAAAAACUCAUGCAGGAGAAAGACCAUAUAAAUGUGAUGAAUGUGGGAAAGAUUUCCUACUGAAGUCUGGCCUAAGAAAGCAUCACAGAACUCACACAGGGGAGAAACCCUUUGAAUGUAAUCAGUGUGGAAAAGCUUUUGGUCAGAAAUCACAACUCAGAGUACAUUAUAGAAUCCACACAGGGAAACCUUAUAAAUGUAGCAAAUGUGGGAAAUGUUUCAGUCUGAAAUCAUGUCUCGGAGAACAUCAGAGAACUCACACUAGGGAAAAACCCUAUGUAUGUGAUGAAUGUGGAAAAUCUUUCAUGAAUAAAUCUAUUCUCAGAGGACAUCAGAGAACCCAUACAAGAGAGAAACGUUAUGCUUGUAAUGAAUGUGGAAAAGCUUUCCGUGCAAAAUCAGUCCUAAGAAGACAUCAGGGAACUCACACAGGAGAGAAACCAUGUAUUUGUACUCGGUGUGGAGAAUCUUUCAACCAGAAAUCAUACCUGGGAGUCCAUUAGAGAACUCACACAGGAGAGAGGCCCUUUUAAUGCAAUGAAUGUGGGAAAUCUUUCGACUGUUAAGUCAGUCUUUGUAGUACAUCAGAGAAGUCACACUGGUGAGAAACCGUUUGUAAUGAAUGUAAGAAAUCAAUCAUCAGAAGUCACACAGGAAAAAUCAUGUAUUAUGGUGAGUGUAAGAAAACCUUUGAAGUGAAGUCAUUUCUAAGAAAGCAUCACAGAAUGCACACCAGUGAGAAACCCUGUAAAUGUACAUCUUUCUGGAGAAUGUUUCAGCCAGAAAUCAUAUCUGAGUACACCAGAGACCUCAUAACAGGAGAAACCCAAUAAAUAUAAUCAGUGUGGAAAAUCAUUCAGCCAGAAAUUAAACCUCAAGAGUACUCACACAGGGGAGAAAUCCUAGAGAUGUGAAUGCAGGAAAAUGUUCAGCCAGAAAUUAAGCUUCAGAGAACAUAAGAAAGCCUGCACAGAGGAUUAAAUAUAUGAACAUAUAGAAUGUGCACAAAUUUUGAGCUGGAAAUCCAACCCAUCAAAACAUCCAAGAACAUACACAGUAAAACAAACAAGCAAAACCUGUGAAUACAGGUAGUAUAAAUUUCCCAACCAUUUUUUCAUCCAAGUGAGAUCAUAUCACCACCAACCCCUGAAUAGUGGGACAUAGGAGUCAGUAACAAACAAGUAUCAUUAAAAAUAUCCCUCAAAAUCUUAAUGUUGUCUCCUGUUCAUCAAAACAGAAAGAUUCUCCCAGAGGAAACCAUGGGACUCAUGCACUGAGGAAGGACAAUAUAAGAUUGAAAUUGCCAGAGUGAAAGAGUGACUGUGGAAUGGAGGUUUCUCCACCAUGUACACAGUUGGUUGUUCUGUGAUAAGGAAGUAUACUUGUUCUCUGCUCAGCAUUUGUAGGCUUAUGUGUACUUGAUCAUGAAGUAUAUUCACCAUAGGUUAAUAAAACUGAAAAAUCUGA